AAUCGCAACCCCACCACCACCACCCAAAAUCGCACGAAGCCCCACCACCACCACCCAAAAUCGCAGAUCCCCCAAUCGCAGACCCCAAAUCGCAGACCCCCAAAUCGCACGACCACGACUUUGAAAAGGGUGAAAAGGGCGGCGAACUGGAGUUGGAGAAAUCGGCGACUGUCACCAGUACGAGGGGCGCGCGGCAAUCGAGGGUAAUUGACACCCGACCUACCUCACCACCACCAUCAAAUUGAAACCCGACCUCACCACCAUCAAGAAUCGAAACCCCAUCUCACCACCAUGAAAUGCGCCCACAACCACAAGAGAAGAGAGGAGAAAGAAGAGAUGGUGCGGAUCUGCAAGGCGGUGGUGGUGCGGUGGAACUGCGUGGUGGUGGUGUAGUGAGAGAAGAGAGAGAAAGAGGAUAAGGAUGGUGCUAGUGGUGGUUGAGAGGGAGGAGAGAGAAAAAUUGGUGGUGUUGAUGGUGGAUAUGGUUGUGAGGGAGGAGAGAGGAUGUGGGUUAGGAUUUUAAUUAGAGAUAAAUUAAUUUGGGUUAAAGAGUUAAUAUGUUGUUUAUUAAAGUUAAGUAAAAUUUAGUAAGGGUAUGGUGGUAAUUUUAUACAAAAAAAAUUACUAAAAGAGGUAACUUUUGGUUUGUUGCACAUAAUGUAUAGUUUCCGUUUUGGGAAAUUGUUGCAGAUAAUACGAAACGGAGUAGUAUUUUUUUAGAGUCAAGGACUAUUGAUUAAUUUUAUAUUAAGAAUUUUAUCUUUUGAUAGUUGUAAUCAACAAAUUUAGGGAGAUUUAUUUAUUUUAUUUUUUUUAUCAAGUGACCGGAUUUUUGAAUUCUAGUGAUCGGUAAUCCCCAAACGAUGAAAAGUGAAAGGUUAGUCCCCAAACGAAGAAAAGUACAAAAGGUGAAUCCCCAAAAAUGCAUCUUACUCCCCAUCCCUGCCCCAGCACCCGUCACACCGAGACCCAUCCCCGCCCCACUGGGGCAGGCCACUGACAUCCCGUUUGGGUCGACAAGCAUUUUCAUGCAUCUGCCAAGAGGUCUUUAUACAAAUAUUGGUAAUGGAUUGCGAAGAGGUUUAGAAAACUGAUUGGAUGUCUAAAAGUAUAAGAUAUAUCACGGAAAUCAUGAUUUAGGAUGGAUGGAGAAUUCAAAAAAGGAAAUUUUGAAAUUUGAAAAGCUAAGUAAGUUUUGAUAUUACGAGUGAUGGAGUUGAAUGGAAGAAGAUUAAUUAGAAUCAUGAGAAAGCCAAAAAAAAAACGAAAAAAAGAGCGUUGGUUGGCCUGUGAAUGACAUUAAUUAGAAUCAUGAAAAGCCAAAUCAAGUCAUCCAAUCCCAUAUUUAAUUGAUGGUGGUGCUGUUGGUGUUGCUGCCUCUGCUGCUGGAUAUUUACUCUGCAAAGGCUCCUGAUUAAGUCAAACCCCCACCCCUCUUUUCUUUCUUGACUUGUUUUUGCAUGUGACUAUAUAUAUCUCUCCAAAUUUACAUGUAUGUAUUCAUCUACAAUACUAAAUUGUUUUCAUUCAUAAAUUUAACGAGACAUACUGCUCUAAAGGCCUCCUUGUAACUUAGCUUGUAUGUCAUUUCUUCACCAUAAUUCACAUCCAAUAUUGCACGUAUGCGAGUUACUAAAUUGUUGCUAAUAUAAGGAAAAACCAUGAAUAUCACUCUCAUAUCCCUUGUAAGAUUAGUAGUCGCUGCUAACAUUUGGUAGUUUCCCAGUUCCCACAACCGCGCAGGAAGCCCACGUACUAUACACCACCUAUGAAUACAAUUUCAUAUACAAACAUAUAUUGUCCUCUUGUGACAGAGUUCAACUAAGGCCACUUUCCCUAUUUAAUGUUACAUCAUCGAUCUUGUCCCACGUACCCAACAAAUUUUAACUGCUAGGUCCUACUAACGACGUGUAUAAAGUCUGAUGCAGAGAGAAGAGAUCAACUACGAGGCGGCCACUGAAGCAGGAGGGAGAUUUUCUGCCAAUGUAGAUGACUCUUCUGCUACAAAUAAUAAUUCAUUGCUGCCUUAUCAUCAACCUCACGGGAGCGGAUCAGUUAUGGUGGAUUACAUGCUAAGCAAUCCUCCUCCCGACCUUAUUAACAACGGGAUUCCAUCAAGAACAGCUUAUCAUUCGGAACGACAGCAGCAGCAACAUCAACAUCAACAUCAACAACCACUUCUGCUGGAUCAGCCCAACAUUAACAUGGAUAGGACACUGAGCUUUGCAGAUGUUAUGCAGUUUGCAGAUUUUGGGCCAAAGUUGGCACUUAACCAUCCUAGGCAGCAUCAUGAUAUUCAGGAGAAUAGCAACGCGGAUCAAGAGGACGACCACACCAUCACUGGGAUAGACCCUGUUUAUUUCCUCAAGUUUCCUGUACUUAGUAACUCACAUAUGGUCCCAGGUCAUAAUAAUACAAGCAGUAUUCACGAUGAUAGCAAUACUCCAACCAAUAACAGUAUUAAUGAUAGAGAUGGAGGAUUUGGUGAUCCUUUACAGGAUUUCAGAGAUAGAGAAUAUGGUGAAGAUGCUGCUGCUGCUACUGCUGGUGUUUUGUCAACAUCUACUAACAAUCUCAGUAACCCGGUGCAGCUUGAGUUUCUCGGUAAUGCUACUAAUGAUGAUAAUAAUCUUAUGGGGUUAAGUACUGGUGAGAGAAUUGGAGCCGAAGGAGGAGCAGCAGCAGGAACAAUGGGGCAUAAUAAUAAAAGCAGCAGCAGCAGCAGCAAGAGGAAAAGGCCUCGUAGUAUCAAGACAAAUGAGGAAGUGGAAAGUCAAAGGAUGACUCAUAUUGCCGUUGAAAGAAACCGGAGAAAGCAAAUGAACGAGCACCUUCGCGUUUUGAGAUCUCUUAUGCCGAGCUCCUAUGUCCAAAGGGGAGACCAAGCAUCGAUAAUAGGAGGAGCAAUAGAGUUUGUGAGAGAACUGGAGCAACUACUACAGUGUCUGGAGUCCCAGAAGAGGAGGAGACUGUAUGGAGAUCAACCGCGGGCCAUGGGAGACUCUUCUACCUCAUCAUCAUCAACAGCACUAGGACUAGUUCAGCAAACGCCACAAGUACAACCACCUCUGGCUUUUCCUCCACCAAUGGGUACUCAGUACCAUCAUCAGGAUGAUGAUCAACUCAGGCUUUUGGAUCAUCAGUUGGACCCUAUGGCUACGCCUACGCCUACGCCUGCAGGAUUGCUCCGCGAAGAGACUGCUGAGAGCAAGUCUUGCUUUGCAGACGUAGAAGUGAAGGUCUUAGGUUUUGAUGCUUUAAUUAAGAUACUCUCUCGCAGACGGCAUGGCCAACUCAUCAAGGCCAUUGCUGCCCUUGAGGAUCUGCACUUCACUAUUCUCCACACCAACAUCACGACCAUUGAGCAGACUGUUCUUUAUUCUUUCAAUGUUAAGGUUGCUAAUGAAGCACGGUUCACUGCAGAGGAUAUUGCUGCUUCUGUCCAGCAAAUUUUUACUUUUAUUCAUGCCAAUACCAAUAUCAUUUAAGGUUAUUUCCUCAGAUAAAAAGUUAUUAACUUAAUAUGUUGUACGUUAAUUUAAAAUUUUAUAAUACCUUGGAACAAAAAGUUACAGACAUGUACAAUCAGUAAGGUCACUCUAUAAAUGUGUAUAAUAUGACUCUUAUAACAAAGUCGUAUUAUAUGCUACUAAUAUUUCGUUAUUGUUAUUUUGAUGUUUUUAAAGUAAGCAACUAAGCACAUAGCUAGCGAAUAGAGCCAUUGACAAUGUGUGACUCAAAAAAAAUUGGAAUUGGAGCAAAUCCAAAAAGAAAUGUCAAAUCCUUAUAAACACAACACAUCCAUCAUGUACAUUGGACAAAAUUGAAAUGGGCAGCUAUUAAUUACAAAUACGAUUAUACAAGAAAGAGAAGGGAGGAUAUAUUAUGAGUAUGACCAAAUAAAAAUGCAUUGAGAAUUGAGGUUUGAAGAGAUACAAAUCAUGUAGGGCUGCGGAUAAUAAAACGUCAAAUAUUGAAAGCAAGAGUUAAGAUCAAUCGUACAAGCUAGAGUUUAGUUAGAAAGUCAACAGACCCCAUAUAUACAUAUGACGACAUGCAUGGCCAAAGGGGAGCGUUGACUUGUCAGAUUACAUGAUUGAAAUUUAACAUCCCGUCGGUAUUAGGGUGUAACACCCAACCGUUGCAUCACACACAAUCAUCACAAUUCACAAUAGAUCAAGGGGUUCCACCUUGUCAAUAUUUUUUUUAGGGAAAUGGAAUUAGGUAAAUUCAAGUGUAGUAUAUAUUUGCACCACAAAUAUUACGUAAAACUAAAAAGUACUUAUGUUACCAAAUUCAAAUAUAUUGGAAAGUAACAAAUGGCAUACUAUGACCCUGUU